UUAGGCUCGCUGCUGGCCGGUCUGCUUGGUCCUGGUGUUGGGAUGACAACACACACCGAAAACAUUGGAGUUAUUGGUGUCACUCGGGUGGCUAGUCGAUUCACGAUGGUAAUAGCCGGUGUGAUGCUGAUCAUGCUGGGAACGUUUACCAAAAUUGGUGCAUUGCUCUCAACGAUACCAGAUCCACUGGUCGGCGGAGUCUUGGCCAGUAGUAUGGCCAUGGUUGGUGGUGUAGCAAUAGCCAACAUUCAGCAGGUUGAUCUAAAAUGUACCAGAAAUAUAGCAAUAUUGGGAUUCUCGAUAAUGGUAGGAAUGAUUGUACCAAGCUAUUUCCGACUGCAUCCCAUUGAAACAGGAUUCGCUGUAUUCGAUCAAGUGCUAACAGUGCUUCUAACUUUGCCGAUGUUCGUUGGCGCAUUUGUCGCAUGUGUGCUCGAUAAUACUGUUUCAGGUGCGACACGUGAGCAACGUGGGUUGCGUUCACGUGGCUUGGCGCAUGAGCUGGGCGAGAACAAUUACGACGUCUAUGCAUUUCCUCCUUUUCUGAUGAAACUGCUCGCGAAAGCAUCGUUUCUGAACGUCUUGCCGUUUAUACCGAAAGAAAAGAAAAUUACGAAUCGUGUCAAUGAUUCGUUGCCGUGA